GACGCAUCCAAGAAACGUCUCUAGCUCAGUGGUCCUCUCUCGACCUCAACCGGACCGCUACACUGCACAAACCCUAAACCGAUCGCUCCAGCGACGCCGGGAACACACAAGAGUCAAUGGGCUCGUCGCCAAUCAAUCAUAGAAGUCGGUUGUGUUACUCAGACGCAGCACGGUGCCCCAUUGCCAGCUGCAAGUACGUUCCGAGAGGACAAUCCGUCGUGCCGCCGCACGCAGCUCCUUCCUCCUACCAGCAUCGGACCAAGGGCGAGCGUAUCUCAAAUGUUUUCUCCACCUUCGCUCAACACCAUCAAUUACACCUGGAAGUUCGUCCACCCAACUCCCGCCGCCAAAAGCUUUCCCCGCCGGAACCGCUCGAUCACCCCCUGGGACUACACUCAAACAUGCAUACACACACAUCCCGGAAACCGGCAAGACUGGGAUUUACAAAAGGAAAUGCGACGCAAACCCGACGGAAGGGAAUAGAAACAAUGCGGGGAACCAACGCUCGCCCAUGUUCCACUCCGGGGUGCAGUGACGCCAAGAGUACCUAUGCAGAUGGCAGUGGCUGGCCGAGGUGCUGUACCAGAUGGCCGGGAUUGAGCCACACCUUUUCAUCCCCUCACUUCCCCUCCAUUUGUCGCAGACUGCUCAUGACGCGACGAACAGGCCCCCGGCGUGCAAGACUUUCCCAGGCGUGCAGGAGAUGGUGAGGGGGGAAAAGCCCUGUUAUACCGGGGGUGUGCUGGUGCGGAUCAUUCAGCGUCGGGAAUCCCUUUCUCCCCCCCCAUCCUAUCUGAUCUCUAUUCCGACUUCAUGUUUACUCACAAUGGUAUGGCUCUGCGGAAUCGUCGCCAGUAGUAACGAUUGCGAGGUGUGUCUUUCAAUGUUCGUUCUGGUAUUGUACAGGAACUACGAGACGCAAAACAGCAAAUAUAGAAACAAGUCCAGCAGUGGAUCACAGGUCGAUGGUUCGGCACGCCUAAAUCAAAACCUCGAGGGCAUCCAGCAGGCCCUCGCUUCCCCGCUCUCUUUCGGUACGCCGA